ACUGCCCGUCUUGAGUCUCACACACUCACUCCUCAACUCGCUAAUGCUGGAGGAAAUACAGCUUUUAAUCACAUUUCGCGGGCGAUCUGACACAAACACACCCCGACUUCAUCGCUCAUAUGUGGAGUUUAUUUGGGAUUCAGGACUGAUUCGAGCUGAACUUUGAGCUGUUUGUGUGUGUUUUUACUGCUGCUAAUGUUAGCCUGCUAGCUCUUAAUCUGUGUUUAUAAACCUAAUCAGGCGAAAAAAUGAAGAUCACUGUGGAUUUCGAGGAAUGUCUGAAGGAUUCGCCCAGAUUUAGGGCGACGAUCGAGGAGGUGGAAGGAGACGUCUGCGAGCUCGAGUCCAAACUAGACAAGCUGGUGAAGCUGUGCAUCGGGAUGAUCGACGCUGGAAAGGCGUACAACACGGCCAACAAGCAGUUCGUGAGCGGCAUCAGAGAGCUGGCGCAGCAGUCCGCCACUGAUGAUGUCAUCGAGUCCAGUCUGAGCACGUUUGCAGAGAAUCUUCAAGAGAUGAUCAACUAUCACACAAUUUUAUUUGACCAAGCGCAACGAUCAAUCAAAUCUCAACUCCAGACGUUCAUUCGAGAGGACCUGCGCAAAUUCAAAGAAGCCAAGAAGCAGUUCGACAAAGUGAGCGAGGAGAAAGAAGCGGCCCUGUCCAAAAACGCCCAGGCUCCCCGAAACAAGGCGCACGAGGUGGAGGAGGCGUCCAACAUCCUGAACGCCACUCGCAAGUGUUUCCGCCACAUCGUCCUGGAUUAUGUGCUGCAGAUUAAUGUGCUCCAGUCCAAGAGGCGGUCAGAAAUCCUCAAAUCGAUGCUGUCCUUCAUGUACGCCCACCUGACCUUCUUCCAUCAGGGCUACGAUCUGUUCAGUGAACUCCAGCCUCUCAUGAAGCAGCUGACGGGACAGCUGGACCAGUUGGUGCUGGACGCCACAAAAGAGAGGAAGGACAUGGAAACCAAACACUCGACUAUUCAGCAGAAGGUAAAAGACUUUCUCCGGAGAGUAAAUUUUUGGUAUAUCUUUUGUUAUUAACUAUAUAUUGCAGGGCUCGAAAUUAACCUUUUUGCUUGGUAGCACCGGUGCUCCUAACUUUAAAAAUGUAGGCGCAUCAGCCAAAAUUUAGUCGCACCCACCAAUUAUAAGCAACGUUAGUACAAGUUUUAUACAAACAUAUUUAUUGCAUUUGAAAUCAACAGUAAUCAAACUAACAAGCAAAA